UACUUAUUCUUGUUAAUGAUUCACUCUUACAUUUCUGAUUCUCCAAUUUUUUUGAUCAAGCAGCCAGAGUUCUAAACAAAAAUGGAGACCCUCAUCACAUGUCACUCUAUUUCAUACCUUAAUAUGAAAAACCAUUCAAUAAAAUCUCAAUUUCCUCAAUCAUUUUUCCAUCAUAGACCUACUUUGUCUUUUUUACAAUCCUCUUUAAAACUACAAUAUUAUUGUGUAAAUGGUAAGUUGAAAUCAUUUUCAGACAAGGGUGUUGGAGCUCCUAUAAGGGCUUCAAUGGCUGGUAAAAGCACUGGCAAUGAUGAUGAAGAAAGAUGGCUUCUUGAGCCAGUGGGUGAUGGAGAUUCAAGACACAUUGGUUUUAAGGUUGACAUGCCAUCUGCAUUUGAGAUAGCAUCCAGUGAAGUGACUGUUGGACGUGUUGCUGAUAAAGCUGAUAUAGUAAUUCCAGUUGCAACAGUAUCUGGUACACAUGCUCGGUUUAAGAAGAAGGGUGGUGAUCUUCUGCUUAUGGAUUUAGGCAGCACAAAUGGAACCUUCAUUGAUGAAAAACGGCUUGCGCCUGGUGUGCCCUACAUUGUCCCUCCCGGGAGAUAUGUGACAUUUGGUGACACCAAUCUAGCAAUUUUUCGUGUUUCAAAGCUUAAAAACGUGGAACCUAUCGCUAAACCAAGUGAAUCCGAGCCCCAAGUCCAAUUAGAGACGGAAGAGGCUGGCAAUAUUGUAGAGAGUGCGAACCAAAACAUCUAAGUUGAUACAACAUAAGAUUAAACGUUUUACUUCUUCGUUGUUGAUAAUGUCUACAUACACAGACGCAAGUUUAUGUUCUUUCUAUAUAUAGCUGAAUCUAGCAUCCGUAAUAGCUUGUAAAAUUUUUACAAAAAGAUGUAACCGUAAACCGUGCCUAUGGGCUAUGGUAAUGUUAGAAAGCAUGAGGAAUUUACCCUCUA